AAAACAUUGGAAAGUGCGAGAGGAUGCCAAGUAAGCAAAACGGAUUAGACUCAGAAGCAUGUCACUUGAUAACCAAUCUAUGAAUCUCUCUAUCUUCACUUGAACAUACACACACCUCUCACUCCAAAAAACCCCAAUUAUGAUGAUUUUCUCUCCAAAAUCUCAAACCCUAUCUCUUCUCUCAUCUUCUAAUUCAGCUUUUACAUCUCCUUGCUCUCUCCGCCGUCAAUUUGUCGGCUCCGGCCACAUAUUCCGACCUCCGGGCAACCUCUGCUACCGGAAAAAAUGGAAGAAGAAGAAGAGGAUAGGCUUUGACAUUGACGCUUCCCGAGGCAGACUAGUCGUUGUCAAAGCUUCUAUAAGUUCGCAAUCCAUCGUUGUGUUGAUUGCAGUUGUUGCUGUUUCCGCCAUUACUGCUGCUUAUCUUAAUUACCGUCAACGAAAGCCUAAACAGCACGAGUUGCCUGGACCCGUAGAUGAUCAAAACACUGUCCAUGACAAGGAAGAUAAUGCAGAGCUUGCGUCGUCGAGCCAUUCUCGAACUGCAAUUUUGUCUUCUCUACCUGUUCUGCAGGCCCAAUCUAAUGCUCACCCUGUCGACUUGGACUUGGAAGAGGAAGAAAUCGUUGUGAAACAAAAUGCUCAGGAAAGUAAAUCCAGCUCUGACUUGGCCUUGUCAGAGACGGUUUCUCAACUAGAUGCUGCACUUGUUCUACCUAAUCAUACGGAGAUAAAGGUGGACCAAGUCGACAAACUGCGUCAUGAAAUUGAAUCAAGUGCUGCAACAGUUUCUCUAAAUUGUGUAGUUAGUGGAGUGGUUGAACUUGAUAAACCAAAUGAUGAAACUAUUGACGAAGCGCGUGUUGAUAAAUAUGCUGGAAAUGGAGAUUCUGUCCGUCGAGAGCUCCACACAUUUUAUGAGGCUAAUCAGUCUCAUGUGCCACCCGGGGAAAAUUCUGAUAGUGUAAAGCCAGUGCAUUCUCAUGCUUCCUCUAGCGAAACUUAUAGCAUAUAUCCACUGAAUAGGAGUUAUAUAAACGGAGCAAAAUUUUCAACUCUGGACAUUCUUCCUACUUCAGGGAAUCAUGAAGGAAGGCCUCAUCUUGGAUUUUCCGCAGAGGUUUCAUUUCGAAAAAGCAAAGGCUCAGGAAAAAGACACGAGUUUUUCAGUCAAAAUGAGAGAGAGAUGAUAGAUCAGAAUGGUCACAGAAGUUCAUUAAUCUCCUCUUACAUAAAGGAAAAACACAUCAACGAGAGACGUUCUCGUUCUGAAAGAUCCACUGCUUACAGGCGCCUUCUGAAAGAAGGGAGGUUAGUGGACUGCUUAGAAUUGCUUGAAGAUAUGGAAAAACAAAACUUGCUAGAUAUGGAUAAGAUAUAUCAUGCAGGAUUCUUCCGGAACUGCAAAACACAAAGAGCUGUCAAAGAGGCUUUUCGUUUCACAAAGCUUAUCCCUAAUCCAACCUUAAGUACAUUUAACAUGCUUUUGUCUGUUUGUGCAAGUUCUCAACAUCUUGAGGGAGCUUUUCAAGUAAUGCAACUUGUUCAGGAGGCUGAACUGAAAGCUGACUGCAAACUUUACACUACUCUUAUAUCAACUUGUGCAAAAUGCGGAAAAGUUGAUUCAAUGUUUAAGGUUUUCCAUGAAAUGGUUAAUGCUGGAGUGGAACCCAACGUCCAUACAUAUGGUGCUCUAAUUGACGGCUGUGCUAAAGUUGGGAUGGUUGCCAAGGCAUUUGGUGCUUAUGGCAUAAUGAGAUCUAAAAAUGUGAAACCAGACCGAGUUGUAUUCAAUGCACUUAUCUCAGCAUGUGGUCAGUCUGGGGCGGUGGAUCGUGCGUUUGAUGUACUAGCAGAAAUGAGAGCCGAGACCAUUCCAGUUGAUCCUGACCAUGUUACUGUUGGUGCUUUAAUAAAGGCAUGCGCAAAUGCUGGUCAGGUUGUUCGGGCACAAGAGGUGUACAAUAUGAUCAGCAAAUAUAACAUAAGAGGCACUCCAGAGCUUUACACCAUUGCUAUUAACAGUAGCAGCCUGACUGGUGAUUGGGAAUUUGCUUGCAAUGUUUAUAAUGACAUGAGAGAAAAAGGGGUCAUCCCUGAUGAGAUGUUUAUCAGUGCAUUUAUAGAUGUUGCAGGGCAUUCUAAUAAGCUGGAAUCUGCCUUCGAAAUCUUACAAAAGGCUAAAAGUGAUGGUAUGAAUGUUGGAAUCAUAUCAUACAGCUCGUUGAUGGGAGCAUGUAGCAAUGCAAAAAAUUGGCAGAUGGCACUGGAGCUCCAUGAGGAAAUUAAAGACAUGAAUAUAAAACCAACAAUCUCAACAAUGAAUGCCUUAAUAACUGCCUUGUGUGAUGGCGAUCAACUGCAGAAAGCACUCGAAGUUCUAUCUGACAUGAAGAAAGUAGGAUUAUGUCCAAACACUAUUACAUACUCCAUUUUACUAGUGGCAUGUGAAAAGAAUGAUGACCUAGAAGUUGGGCUUAUGCUUCUUUCUCAAGCAAAAAAGGACGGCAUUGCCCCAAAUCUUGUUAUGUGCAGGUGUUUAAUAGCUUUAUGCUUGCGCCGAUUUGAGAAAUCCUGUACACUUGGAGAGGAUGUCUUGUCUUUGAAUUCUGGAAGGCCACAGAUCGAUAGUAAAUGGACAUCGAUAGUCUUAAGGGUUUACAGGGAAGCAAUUAUAGCUGGUGUGGUUCCUACAACUGAAGAGUUUUCACAGGUUUUGGGAUGCUUGCGGCUUCCUCAUGAUUCGUCUUUGAGAGCUAGACUCAUUGAAAAUCUUGGAGUUAUUGAUAGUACAUCAAAUAACUCAAACCUUUGCUCACUACUCGAUGGAUUCGGGGAAUAUGAUCCCCGUGCUUUCUCAUUACUUGAGGAAGCUGCUUCACUUGGAAUUCUCCCUUCUGUAUCUUUCAAAGAUAUUCCAAUAGUUGUUGAUGUGCGAAACCUACAGAUUCAUAGUGCAGAGGUGUUUCUCCUUACAGUUCUAAAGAGUCUGAAACAUCGUCUUGCCGCUGGUGUAAAGUUGCCUAAUAUAAUUAUAUUACUACCAAUAGACAAAAUACAAGUUCAGUCUUCAAAGGGGGACAAGAUGAUAAACCUUGCUGGAAGGACUAGCCGUGCAGUUGCAGCAUUAUUGAGGAGACUGGCAAUACCAUACAUAGGAAAUGAAUCAUUUGGGAAAAUUAGAAUUAAUGGAGUAGUUGUAAAGAAAUGGUUGCAGCCAAAACUUACUUCCCCUUUCAGGGGUAAACUAUCAAAUUUGAACUCAUCUCAAUCUCACCUUGGUAGAAACAUUUCUCUGCAGCAACGUAACAUACGAAUCGGUAAUCUGUCCCUGGAGUGAGGAGCUCUAGUGAGGAGCUCUAUGGAUCAGAAUGGUGUUGUCUUGUAGAGUAUGAUUGACUCAUAGUCUGCGAAGGAGCAAAAGAUUGAGUUGCCACUGUAACAUUUUUGUUCGUAGGUGUAAAAAGUAUGAGGAAAUAUUUCUUGGUUAUGUCUUUAGCAUUGUUGUGGAUAGUCUAAGGUUUACCAGAAAAAAUUGUAUCAAAAUUGUGAUUGUUGCGGAAUGGACAAACAAGAAAUACUAGAUGUAAGAGGCAUAUGGAUGGUAGUAUUUUGUAAAUUGAGAGCACUAGUAGGCAUGAAGGUUCAUAAUGGCUAGGGUCUGAGAGAUUGUAGUAUAAAUACUGUAAUUGCUUUACACAAGAAUUGUUGAGAUUUGGUUGAAAUAUUUACAAUACAAACUUUCAUUUUUCUCUC